AUGCUUAAUAAGUUUUGGUCUCAUGAAAGGGUUCCUGAAGUUUAUACUGAGAAGAGUUCAGAACAGGAACUCUGCGAACAGACAUUUUUAAAUACUGUUAAAUUGGAAAAUAAUCAAUUUGAAGUAGCCAUACCCUUAAAAUUACCCCUCUCAGAAGUUGAUGAAACUCUGGGUGAAUCAUUUAAAUUUGCAGUCAAAAGAUUUAAUAAUUUAGAAAAGAAAUUGCAUUCUAACCCUCAAUUAUUUAUAAAAUAUCAGCAAUUUAUCCAUGAAUAUUUAUCACUCAAACAUGCCCAUUAUGUGGAUAUUGAGUGCUAUGACUCGAAUAGAAGUCCAGUGUACUUUCUUCCCCAUCACGCAGUCAUUAACAUGAAUAGUAAAACAACCAAACUGCGAGUUGUUUUUGAUGGGUCUAUGAAAACAAAUAAGAAAAUUUCAGUAAAUGACUUACAAUCAAAUGGGCCUGUGGUCCAGCGUGAGUUAUUCGAUAUAAUUUUAUUAUUUAGAUUAGGCAAGUUUACAUUCACUGCUGACAUCAAACGUAUGUUCCGGAAUGUAAAAGUAAAUCCUAAAUUUACCUCUCUCCAAAAUAUACUCUGGAGGGACGACCCUAAUGAACCCAUAAGGUGCAUUAGACUAGAUACAGUUACAUAUAGUUUAAAGACAUCAAAUUAUUUAGCCACGCGUUGUUUACACGAGUUAGCGAUUAGACAUCAGGACACAUAUCCUCUAGCAUCCGCAAUAAUAAUAAACAAUAUUUAUGUUGAUGACAUCAUUUAUUCUGACAAUGACUUGAAAACUACUCUUGAUGCAAAAGACCAAUUGUGCAAUUUACUCAGUUUAGGAAGUUUCUUUACUCACAAAUGGUCUUCAAAUGAUGAUAGAAUUUUGUCUAAUAUUUCAUUGAGUGAACAACAGUUUGAUAGUCGAGAUCUUAGUGAAAAUAAUUAUACUAUGAAAACAUUAGGAUUAUGCAUCAAUAUAAAAAAAGAUCAGUUUGUAAUUUCAUCUCCGGAGCCAUUUGAAUCUACACAUGUUACAAAAAAAAGAAUACUAAGCUAUAUAGGUAGGUUCUAUGAUCCUAUGGGCUUUGUAAGCCCCAUUGUAGUGACAGCAAAAGCUAUCAUGCAAAAACUAUGGAUAUCAGAUACUAAUUGGAAUGAUAGUCCACCUCCACAUAUUCUCCAGGAGUGGCUUCAGUUCACUAGUGAUCUAGCUAUGAUGGAACCUCUGUUACUAGAUAGAAAUAUAGACAUUUCAGAAGCACAUACGGUUGAACUGAUCGGCUUUGCAGAUGCUUCGAGUACGACUGCCUACGGUUGCUGUGUGUAUCUACGAUACAUAUGUUCAUCAGGUACUGCUUAUACACAUUUACUCUGUUCCAAAUCAAGAAUAAAUCCCAUUCAUAAAAAAGACUCGACAGUUCCCAGAUUAGAACUUAAUGCUGCGCUUUUACUUUCAAAAUUAAUAAUGAAAACACAUGAAGUUUUAAAGCUUAAAACGCAUAUAAAGAAUAUUUAUCUGUUUAGCGAUUCUCAAAUCGUUCUUGCAUGGCUAAAAACCGAGUCAUUGAAGCUUGAAGCUUACGUGGCGAACAGAGUGAAUGUUAUUCGUCAAAACACAGCUAGGUGGCGCUGGCUAUUUGUCAGCUCUACUGAAAACCCAGCCGAUAUCAUCAGCAGAGGAGCAAGACCGAGCGAGCUGAAAGACAAUAAGUUUUGGUGGCACGGCCCUGCAUUCCUACGAAACAGUGAGUACAAUUUUUUGUUGGAUGAUAAUAAUAAGGUGCCUGCUGAAUUGCCUGUUGAAGUAAACCCCUGCUUGUCAUUCUCCAGCAACUUGGUCUAUCAAAAUGUCAAUCCGCUUGCAUAUAUCAUUGAACGAUUACAUAAAUACUCAGAUAUAAAUAAAAUAAUCAGGCUUCUUGCAUAUAUAUUGAGAUUUUUAAAUAACAUAAAUAAAAAUAAUAGUAAAAUUAAGUCAAAUUUUCUAAGUACUUCUGAAUUAAAUAAUGCGUUAAUGACCUUAAUUAAAUACGAGCAAAAUAAAUUAUUUCAAUCUGUUAUCGAUUCUAUAACUAAGGGAAACAAUGUGAAAGGCAAUUUAUCAAAUCUUUAUCCUUUCAUUGACGAGCUAGGACUUUUAAGAGUAGGUGGUAGGCUACACUAUGCUGAUAUAGCUUUUACUCAGAAACAUCCCAUCAUUUUACCCAAAGGCUCCUAUAUUACCUACUUGCUUAUAAGAAGUGAACAUGAAAAAUUGCUACAUGCAGGACCCAAGCUUGUGCUUGCGAAUUUAAAUCAAAGAUUUUGGAUUGUCAAUGGCUUGUUUGAAGUUAAGAAAGUUACACACAAAUGCAUAACCUGUUUUAGGAACAAAGCUACAGUUGCCAGGCAGCUAAUGGGCUCUUUGCCUCGAAAUCGAGUAACUGUCACUAGUAGACCGUUUGAAAAAGUCGGAGUGGAUUUUGCUGGUCCGAUAGAGGUUAAACUCUCGCGCGUUAGGCGAUCCUUAAUAGGCAAGGGUUAUAUCUGCGUAUUCGUGUGUUUCACAACAAAGGCUGUUCAUUUGGAACUUGCCUCAGAUUUAACCACUGAAACCUUCCUAGCAUGCUUAAGAAGACUUAUUUCUAGACGCGGACUGCCACUGAUAUUCACUGCGAUAAUGCUAGUACAUUUAAAUGCGCACGGUAUCGAUUAG